AUGAAUUGCACUAGAGAAGGUGGCCCCGGAAAGCGAAGUCAAAAUGUGAACCUAUUUCAAGCACAGUACAAGGCAGAAACGUCGUCGUCGACAUCAAUUACGAAGGAGGUAGUUCGGCCGAAACCUAUCAAGCGAUAAAAUUUUAUCACAAAAUUAUUAACUCGCUCGCUCAGUCAGCAUUCAUGUAUCUCAUGUUUGUAAAUAUUUUGGUGGGGGCGAAUCGAGUGAAGCUAAAAACACGACAUUCACGCCGGUGACGGAGCCCUUAACUAAUCCACCAAUCACGUCCCUCCACCUCACCCUUUUUAACUAAUUUCCCUGCCACGUGUCCCGUCUUUCACUGAUUGGUCAGCCCUACUGCGCUUUCUUUACUUCGUUUCCCAAAUCAGAUCUAGUUUAUUUUUCCGGUUCACAGAAACCGUAACAGAUCCGAUGGAGGAAGACGAUGAGAUGCACUCACCUCCGUCGCCAUCGGCAGCCGGGUCUCCGUCUCCGUCAUGUCAGUCACCGCCAAACGAACGGAUAUCAGUGACAGUUGCGGCGGCUGCACCACCAAGUCAACAACAACUACCGCAGCAGCAACAACAGCACAGUAUAACAGUGGCUCCGCCGCCGCCGCCGAAAAAUGGCGGUGGUGGUGGGAGAGAAGACUGUUGGAGCGAAGCAGCCACUGCGGUGUUGAUAGACGCGUGGGGAGAACGGUACUUGGAGCUAAGUAGAGGGAACUUGAAGCAGAAGCAUUGGAAAGAAGUUGCCGAUAUUGUGAGUAGUCGAGAGGAUUAUACGAAGACUCCAAAGACUGACAUUCAAUGCAAGAAUCGAAUAGAUACGGUGAAGAAAAAGUAUAAAUUAGAAAAAGCUAAAAUUAUGUCAGGUGGAGGAGCUAGUAAAUGGGUUUUCUAUGAAAAACUCGAUCAGUUAAUUGGUACGACUGCGAAAAUGCCGGUACCACUGGCAAUACCGCCAGCAAUAACACCUCCAGCUACAGUUAGUUCAAGAGUACCAAUGGGAAUUCCUGUUGGAAUAAGAACUCCGAUGGUGGCUGCGGUCAAAAAUCAGCAUCAGAUUCAUUUGAGGAAAAGGAGUGGUAAGACUGGCACGGCGGCAGCCGUGGAGACACAGUCUGAUGAAUCGGAGGAGGAAUCGAGAGAUUCAAUGGACAGUUUUCCUCCGGCCAAGAGGAUAAGAGUGGCGGUGGAUUUAGGGAAAGGGAGAAAAGAGAAGGGUGGUUGGGGUGAGUCAGUGAGGAUGUUGACACGAGCCAUAUUGAAGUUUGGGGAAGCUUAUGAACAAGCUGAGAGUGCCAAGUUACAGCAAGUUGUGGAGAUGGAGAAGCAGAGGAUGAAGUUUGCUAAAGAGCUGGAGUUGCAGAGGAUGCAGUUUCUUAUGAAGACCCAGUUGGAGAUUUCACAGUUGAAGCAUGGAAGGAGAACCGUUAAUGUAAGUAAUCAUCAUCACAGGAAUAAUGGCAAUGACAAUAAUAACAGCAAUAGUGAUUGUAGUAGCUAAUUCUCUAAUCAAGUUAUUUAUGCUUUGGGCUGAGAUGUGUUAAGGCUAGAUUGAAAUUUAGAUUUAGAUUUAGAUUUUUCUUUGUUGUCUGUGGGCGAAGACCUCAUUGAUGAUAAAAUGUUGUAAACUGAAAAAAAAAAUUUCAUGAUUGAUAGCAUGUGGAAUUUGUUUUAGCCAUAUCUCCAUUGCCCAGGUGAUGUGCUUAGGGUUGGAGCUGGCUCAGCUUCGUAUUUGGAUUGAAAUGAGUUGAAUUCGAAUUGAUAUA